AUGUGUGUGCAGGAAGCGGCGUGGUUUCUUUUGCGCUUGCCGAUGAGUGAGGCAUCUCGCCAAGUAUUCUUCAUACCCACGCAACAUCCCAGCGAGAGGUUAAAAUGUAAGAAAACACGACAACAAAUGAAUAAAGAGGACAUUAGUGCUGAGUCGACUGAUGUUUGGAAGAAGAAUAUAAUUGAGAGAUACGAAGAGCGUCCGACGGAGUUCGAAAAUGUUACGUUGGCUGAUUUUGUUGCUAAUUAUGAUCGCGUAGAGACACGGACCUUGAACGAUAAUAUGAUGCGAGGAGACGAAGAGUUAUUCGAUGAAGAGAACGAAGAAGAGGAUACGGACUAUGUGAAUGGCGUGAUCACAGACUCGUCGAUCGUCCGGGUCACGUAUAGAAAGCGAAAGAAAAAUUUUGUACGCGAUGGCGGUGAUACGAUCCUUGUGAACGAUCAGGACAUCAAUACUAUUCAGCGCGAAACAGUUGUCAGGACAGUGAAGAGCGCCAUGUCACACGAAGAGUUUUGCGCUAUGACGACGGUGAAGAAUGGCGAGGAGUAUGUUUCUCGAGUGUGGUUGCUGUUCGAUGAUCCGGCGUGCGGUGAGAAGAUACGUCUAAAAUGUCAACAACACAUGGUCGAGCACAGAAUCGAUCUUAGAUAUACGCCGUUUGUGAGACGCGAGUUGCCGAUCAACAUGAAAUCGCGAAUAAUCAAGGUUAAGCGGCGACAGUUUUCGUUGUUGCCGAGUAACGCGCAAACUAUUCAUAAGGUGCAAUGA